AUGUCUUGUCCGGAACACACCCCUGUUUUUCUUCUUCUUCUCGCCGGCAUCUUCGCCAUUAUUUCAUCGUCAGCAUCCGAAAAAGGUACGUAUCCUUUCCUGUGCUCGGACAAGAUCAAGUCGUGCGACGCGCUUCUCUACCAGCGCAAUGGCUUCGAUCAGGCUGAAAUCGCCGCCUCCUACGCAAUUAAUGCAUCAGCAAUCAAAACACUACAGCAUGCCGGCAGACAGGACUACCUGGUACCUGUGAACUGCUCCUGUAAGAACAUCAACGGCACGGCUGCAUACUUCUACGAUGUGGUCUACACCCCAGAAAUAGGCGACACCUUCUCUGAUGUGUCGACCCGCAACUUCAGCGGUCAAGUUUGGGACGGCGGCGCAGACACAAACUUAACUGCUGGAGAGGACAAAAUCCUGCAUCUACUGUGUGGCUGUCUGAAUAACACUAAUUCUCGAAUCGUUGUGACUUACACAGUCGAGGCUCACGACACCAUCUCCUCCAUUGCGAACCUACUCUCGGCUCAAGAAGAUCAAAUCGAAGCCUUGAACGAAUACUUGGCGCCAAAUCCUUCGUUUAUCGAAGCUGGAUGGCUGCUCUAUGUUCCAAUGGAAUUGCAUCCCAAAAAAGCUGCAAAGAAGGUCGUGCACAAAUGGAUGCUAAUGGUCAUCUUACUAUCGAUUAUCACCGCACUCUCCGUGUGCACAAUGGUCACGGUUUUUCUUCGGAGAAAGAUGAGAAAGCGAAAACUUGAGGAUGAUCCGAAAGCUCUUUCGAAGAACAUAAGCACCAAGUCACACUCUUUGCAGAUUCAACAGGGUAAGAACAGUUCAGAUGUUGCUGGUUUCGAUUCGGAGAAACCGUUGUUGUACAGCAUUGAAGAGAUUUCAGAGGCGACGAGAGACUUUGACGAAGCGAGGAAAAUCGGGCAGGGAGGAUACGGAAGCGUGUACUAUGGAGUGAUAGGAGAGCAGGAAGUUGCGAUCAAGAAGAUGAGAUCGAACAAGACGAAGGAGUUUCUUGCCGAGCUCAAGGUGUUGUGCAAGAUACAUCAUAUCAAUGUGGUGGAGCUGUUGGGUUAUGCCUCUGGUGACGAUCACCUUUACUUGGUUUAUGAGUUCGUCCCCAACGGUUCCCUCAGCGAACAUCUUCACGAUCCGUUGCUCAAAGGACACCAGCCUCUGACUUGGAGUGCAAGAACACAAGUGGCACUUGAUGCGGCGAGGGGGAUCGAGUACAUUCACGACCACACGAAAGCGCGAUACGUUCACCGGGAUAUCAAAACAUCGAACAUCCUCCUCGAUCAAGGGCUUGGAGCCAAGGUUGCAGAUUUCGGAUUGGCGAAGCUUGUAGGGAGAAGUAAUGAAGACGAGCUGAUAGCAACACGGCUAGUGGGAACCCCUGGAUAUCUUCCUCCCGAGUCGGUGAAAGAACUUCAGGUGACUGUGAAGACCGACGUGUUUGCAUUCGGGGUGGUACUUGGAGAGCUGAUAACGGGGCACCGCGCGCUCAUCCGCGACAACCAGCAGCCCAAUAGGAUGAAAUCACUCAUCACCAUAAUAAACGGUAUCUUCAACAGCGAAGAUCCGGAGUCUGCGGUGGAAUCGGUUGUGGAUGGAAAUUUGAAAGGCAAUUAUCCGCUGGAGGAUGCAUAUAAGAUGGCUGAGGUUGCAAGAUGGUGCCUGAGCGAAGAGGCGAUAGACAGGCCGGAGAUGCGGGAGGUGGUGGUUGCGCUGUCGCGGAUCAGAAUGUCUUCCGUCGAAUGGGAAGCUUCUCUGGGAGGGAACGGCCAAAUUUUCAGCGGAGUUUUCAGCGGUAGAUGA